AUGCGCAAAACACAUUCUCAAUGGCGUGCAAGACCUGUUUGUCAAUUCAUCGGCGAGAACCUAGAUAGCCGGAACUCACGUGGAGAUUCGGAUAGCGCGGCCGUGGAAACCUGUCGUUUGGAACAAGUGACUGCGGAAUAUUUUAUUGAGAGAGGCGCUAUAACAAUCGAAGAACCGCAUUCUACCCAUGGUGGCUUUAUGGGGAACAAUACCUGCUGCCAUAACAAGGAAGAAACUUUGAAUAGAGUCUUUAAUACCAAGAAAGACAUUCACUCACCAAUUGUGAUUGUCCUUCGUGCCAGACACACUGCUAAAUCAUUGAGGUUUGAAGAAAAAUACCUUUGCACAGAAAAGGGAGCAAGGGCUGUUGCCAAGGCUCCAGACGAGCACGGCAGCAGCAGAAGAAGUGCGUACUGCCAAAUUGAUAUGUUAGAAGGGACGGCUCCUUCUCCGCUCUUUCAAAGUCCUGGAGGCCAGGUAGUGGGAGCUUCAGGUGAUAACGUGGACAAAAGCAGGCAGUACAGCAACGCCUACUCGGAGGCCUCCACUCCGGUCAGCUCUCUGUCGAAGCAGUUCUGUUCAACCUCCAGUACGGCUUCAAGAAGGCCUCUGUUAGGGGAUAGUGAGGACCACCUCGACGAAACGGCAACGAUCAACAGCUCAAUCUCCAGCCUGAAUUCACACAACGAACUAUCCACCACCAAGUGCCUUCCACGGUCUGUCAAACCGGUUCCAACCGUCAAGGCCCCAAGCUCUCGAUUGUCUAAAGUCUCCCUGACCAGUGGUCCCAGUAAGAAGAAGCCCAUCCCGGGCGACGACUCGGACUCUUUGUCUGUUGGCAAAAAGGAGCCCAGACGACAAAUGCAUGCGCUGCCUCAAAAGCCGAAAAGGGUGAUAACCUCUUCGGGCGAUGCUGGUGACGUCAGGAGAUUCGGUAAAAAUGAUGCCACUAGAAGCGAAGCGCCCAAUCAAAAACUGUCUAACUCGGACUCCAGGACUGCCCGGAGCGCGAUAGCAAGAUACAGUCUUUCACCCACUUAUGUUUCUGUAGGGCAGCAAGCAGAACAGGACAAAGCAUUGAACCCAAUCACCACGAUCGACUCGAGCACUAUGACUCUUGACUGUGAAGAGGCCUCUUUGUUGGCCCACCCAAAUGUCGACUCUCUCCCUUUGCCGAGUGUUUAUUCAGGACAAUCAGGAGAUCAGAUCGGCGUCUUAACUUCACCCAAGCAAGGCAAAAUCGUUGAUCUCUCAACAGACGCACUGCCAAAGACGCACUGUGCGACACGUCUUUGCACCAAUUGCCAGCUUCAACAGCCCAUUCGACAUGACCCUUGCCUGACCGCUUCGAUGACAAGAACAUUCUCAUUUCAUGAUGUCGCCUCCCAGGACAACUUUGGCAGACAGGCCACUACUUCCACUGGAUGCGACGAUGAUGCUAAUGGUGAGGGCGUUGUUGAUGAGGAUGCUGAUGGUGAAGGCAAUGACGAUGGCGAUGGCGAAGGGGCUGAUGAAAGCGAUAGCAAAGGAAUUCAAAGAGUUUUUCGGCUCAGAGAUCGGUACCGUGCCAGCAUCCUGUCGGAAAAGACGACUGAAAAUCUCCCAUUAUCUGAGUCACUGCCAUCUGGUCCUACUGAAAAGUGUUGCCAAAGCAGGGCGACCAGUCUGCCGUCUGCAGAGCCAGAUAGUCACUUAGCGAAAAUAUUGAUGCUAAAUGCAGAAAUCAGGCGAGUUUCAGAGCCUGGGCCGUCUCUUCAGAUCAGGGUCCAUAAGUCUGAUGGUCUCGCAGAACCUCCGAACCCCCUGAACCACUGCUCGAUCCAGCCAUGGCAUCAUGAGUCCCAACCCCUGUCACCGGAAUACUGUCCCAGGGUCCCUGUGAGGUCAGACUCCAUCAACGAACACUACAUAGCCUCGACCCCCUUGGCUUCGUCGAGCCUGCGAACAAACGAGACAUCGGUUGAAGAGCCCCAAUUGACAGUUGUCCAGACGCCAAGGCACGACCAAAAGAGUCAAUUACUUUCGUCCGUUCCCUGCUCAUCAGCCUACCAGAUGGAACUACAGGGCAACAAAGGGGCUAAUGUUCAUCAGGCCACCUCCGACGAGCCGACCAUUAGAGACGCCAAAGAGGCAAGUCCCAUGCCGGGCGUCAUCAGAAGAUUCUGCGGUGCCAAUAACACAGAAUCUCGAACAGUUGAUGAAUUAAAUUAUUGGACACCACAGCAUAGGCUGCCAAGCAGCCUGAGCGAGGUAAAUGGGUUUGUUCCGGUUACCCAAACACUUCUCACACUUCCGAGCCUUGACGGAGAGACAGGAUUGGCAGCUUCGACUGGGCUAUUGACUUUUCGAGGUACCAGAUCUCCAAACUCGACUGUGUCCCAGAUUCCUGCCUACCCAAAUAGACUGAAUGAGCCUUUAACAUCUGAGAGAGAGAGGCCUCAUAGCAGCCUGAAUAUAGUUCGAGGAUACAAAUCUGCUGAUCCAUCACUUAUUAGUCAUUGUUUUUAUCUGGCUGAAACAACAAAUCUAGAGGCAAUUAUCACAGAUCCAUCUGAUCGUAGGAUAAAGGCUAUCUGUGACAGGUACCAGUGUAGUAUCCGGGUCUACAGGAAGGUUCCUAAAUCAGGCUUUCUCAAGUACCAUGUAAUUUUGAGUGCUCAUGACUAUGAACAGAUGAGGAAGUGCAUCCGAUCACUGGAUUCUCGAUUUAAUUGGUGUCUCACCCCUCAAUUAAAGGAAAAGCCUUAG